GUACCCCCAAGGCAUUCUAAAUCACUGGUAUUAUGGCAUCACCCUUAUUCUUCCUCCUGCUACUUCAGUCUUUUCUUGUUUCUACUUCUGCUUCUUCCACCACUUCUUUACUUAAUCAAACAGAAACUCUUCUCAAAUGGAAAGCCAGUCUUGACAACCAAAGCCAAAGCUUCCUCUCUUCCUGGGUUGGGGAAAGUCCUUGCAGUUGGGUUGGAAUUGCCUGUGACGAAGUUGGAAGCAUCACCAACAUAAACCUUUCAAAUUUUGGUCUCAAAGGAAAGUUGAGUUCGCUUACCGUCCUCGACCUUGCAUGGAACCAACUCAGUGGUUCACUUCCUGUUUCUGUAGGAAAUUUAAGCAAUUUGUCUUACCUAGGAAUCAGUGGCAAUAACCUCAACGGUUCCUUGCCUCAAGAAGUUGGAAUGAUGAGGUCGCUUCUUGUGGUUCAUUUAGCAUUGAAUUCCUUUACUGGUCCAAUCCCUGCAUCAAUAGGAAAUUUAAGCAAUUGUCAACAUCUUAACCUUUUUGAAAAUGACCUAUCUGGUUCUAUUCCUGCGGUUUUAGGAAAAUUGAACAAUUUGUUGGAGCUGCACUUGAGAAACAAUAGAUUCAAUGGUUCUAUACCUCAAGAAGUUGGAAUGAUGAGAUCCCUUGUUUUACUUGAUUUUUCAAUGAACUCCCUAACUGGUUCGAUUCCUGCAUCAAUAGGAAAUCUAAGUAAUUUAGUAUUUUUUUACCUUUAUAGAAAUAAUCUUUCGGGCUCCAUUCCUAGUGAAAUAGGAAUGACUCAAUGCCUUCUCGACUUCCAGUUGUUAGGAAAUAAUCUCGUAGGAGUAAUCCCAGCUUCCAUAGGAAAUCUAACCAGGUUAAACUCUCUUUAUCUCUCUGAAAACAAGCUUUCUGGUCCAAUACCAUCAGAAGUAGGAUUUCUCAAUUCUCUCACCAAUCUUUCUUUGUAUAAUAACAAUUUCUCUGGUUCAAUUCCUACUUCCAUAGGAUAUUUAACCAGGUUAGACACUCUUUAUCUCUUUGAUAACAGGCUCUCUGGUCCAAUCCCAGAUUCCAUAGGAAAUCUACCCAAGUUAAAGUCUCUUUCUCUUCAUAAUAACCUGCUUUCUGGUCCAAUCCCAGCUUCUAUAGGAAAUCUCACCAGUUUAAACACUCUUUAUCUCUGUAAUAACAUGGUUUCUCUAAUCCUUCCUUCCACAGGAAAUCAAACCAAUAUUAUUGUUGGUCGCAAUCAAACCAUUUUAAACACUCAUUAUCUCCUUGAUAACAAGCUUUCUGAUAGUGUGCUUUCCGGUCCAAUCCCAUCACAAGUACGAUUUCUUAGUUCUCUCACUAAACUUGAUUUGAGGGGUAACAAUUUCUCAGGUUCAAUACCUUCAGAGAUAGGGAACUUGACAGGACUUCGUUUGUUAUAUCUUUCUUUCAACAAAUUUUCUGGUCUGAUCCCUAUAGAAAUUAAUAACCUUACUGUUUUGGAACAAUUGGAAUUGAAUAAUAAUCAGCUCACUGGCCAUAUACCGGACAAUAUAUGCUUUGGGGGAUUACUCAGUCAUUUGUCAUUACGGAACAACUAUUUCACUGGUCCAAUCCCAAAAACUUUGAGAAACUGUACCAGCUUAAACAGGGUAAGGCUUGAACGGAACCAACUUGAAGGAAAUAUAACAGAAGCUUUUGGUAUAUAUCCUCACUUGGAUUACAUUGAUUUGAGUAGUAACAAGUUGUACGGUGAACUCUCUCCAAAUUGGGGUCUCUGUCAUAACCUAACAGGCUUAAAGAUUUCCGAUAAUAACAUCUCUGGUAAGAUACCUGCUAAGCUAGCUCAAGCCACCAACUUACAUUCACUUGACCUCUCCUCAAAUCAUUUGAGUGGGGACAUUCCAAAGGAAUUAGGAAGGCUAACAUCACUGGUCUAUCUCUUGCUGAAUGACAACCAACUAUCUGGCAAAAUUCCUUUAGAGAUAGAAAAUCUAUCUAAUUUGCAACAUCUUAGCUUGGCAGCAAACAAUCUAACUGGACCAAUUCCCAAACAAUUGGGAAAGUGCUACCAGUUAUUGAGCUUGAAUUUGAGCAAGAACCAAUUCGGGGAACGUAUUCCGUUUGAAAUAAGCGAUAUACCUGCCCUUCAAACACUUGAUUUGAGUUGGAAUAUUCUAAUCGGAGAGAUUCCUCAUGAGCUUGGAAGAUCCCAAAGGUUAGAAACACUUAAUCUUUCUCACAACAUGCUUUCUGGAGUCAUACCUUCUUUUGAUGAAUUAUCGAGCUUGACAAAUGUCAACAUCUCCUACAACCAAUUGGAGGGCCCAAUCCCUCACAUCAAAGCCUUUCUUGACGCCCCAUUUGAUGCUCUUGAAAACAAUAAAGGCCUUUGCGGCAGUGCCUUCGGCCUAAUGCCUUGUCCAUCCAAAAGUCUGAAAAGAAGUUCAAGAGGACUUGUGAAUUUGAUUGUGGUACCUGUUUUGGGUGGUUUGGUUCUAUUAUUUAUCUUGGUGGGUUGUUUAUUGCUUGUUUGUUGCAAAAAAUAUGAGCCAAGAAUGGGGCAAUAUCAAGAUAUUUUUGCCAUAUGGGGAUAUGAUGGGAAAAUCCUCUAUGAAAACAUUCUUGAAGCUACAGAGCAAUUUAACUCCAAUUAUUGCAUUGGCUCAGGAGGAUAUGGAAAUGUUUACAAAGCUGUGUUGCCAACAGGUCAAGUAGUUGCUGUGAAGAAACUUCAUCCCUUAGAUGACAAUGAGACCAUCAAUUUACGAGCAUUUGAAAAGCACUCAUUGUUGGUCUAUGAGUUUGUAGAAAGAGGGAGCUUGAAAAUGGUUUUGAGCAACCUAGAAGAAGCAGCGGAGUUGGAUUGGGAUAAGAGGUUGAACAUUGUUAAAGGAUUAGCUAGCGCCUUAUCUUACAUGCACCACGAUCGCCCAUCACCAAUAAUCCAUCGUGACAUUUCUAGCAACAAUGUUUUGCUUGAUUUGGAUUAUGAAGCUCAUGUUUCUGAUUUUGGCACUGCUAGAAUUUUAAAGCACGAGUCCUCAGACUGGACAUCCUUUGUAGGCACCUUCGGCUAUAUAGCUCCAGAGUUUGCUUACACAAUGCAAGCAAGUGAAAAAUGUGAUGUCUACAGCUUUGGGGUGGUAGCACUGGAAGUACUCAUGGGAAGGCAUCCAGGUGACCUCAUUUUAGAUUUAUGGACAACGAAUGGCCAACAGAUGCUGCUGAAGGAUGUUAUAGACCAGCGCCUUCAACCUCAAAGGAGGAACCGAGUAGCUGAGCAAGUGGUUUCAACAACAAAGCUAGCCUUUACAUGCCUGCAUGUCAAUCCCCAAUCGCGGCCCACCAUGCAGCAAGUUUAUCAGACACUUACUAGUGGUCGAUCAUCUCCAUUGCCAAAGCCAUAUUCAAUGAUAAGUUUAGGGGAUUUGAUUGGAGAUGGACAUGGGGUGCAGAGCUGAGUUGCUGAUGAUUUGGACAUUCGCUAGAAUUCUAGGCUGCUAAUUACUGAUGCAGUGGAAUUGUUCCAUAUCCAUAUUACCGGUUCCCAGCACUUGCAAAGGGCUUGAAGAAAUGGUGUUAAUUAGC